AAGAUGGCCCUGUUCAUCUUCUGGCGCGUGGGGCUGGCGCUCCUGGCGACGCUGGUCGCCUUCUUCCUCUCCAGACCGGUCAUCGAACUAAUUCUCAACGCUAUUCGUGCCCGUCUCGAUAAACGCGUGCGAUGGAUCGCGGACGUACAGCACUACAUGCUGACGUAUCUAUGGUGGUUCCUAUUCCUAAUCCUGGUGCGCGACGUGAUAGCCCGAUACAUUCUGGACCUGGGAAGCGAAGAAGACGAAGUAAUGCAGUAUCUGAGGUACCUCAUAGCCAUCCCACUCGCACUCGGCACCUUCGCUCUGCGUAAAGUCGUCACCAAUGUUGUCAUCACGGAAUCCAUCAAGUUUGUGUGCGUUGUCUUCAUCCUGAUCGAGAUUUUCUACAUCUUCUUCCUGUCCAACUCGUUUAUGCGCUACGUGCUCGUCGUGGGAUUUCUGAGUGUCGAACUAGUCGCAGUUCUCUCGGGCUUCACAGUGCUGAAAAACGUGGCAACAGGACUGUUCCUUAUCUUUGCAGAGCCUUUCCGGACGGGCAGUGAGGUCAAAGUGCGACAAUUGUUGGGCUUUAUCGAGCGGGUAUCACUCGCAAGGACGAUCAUGCGUCGAACUGAUGGAUCGCGGAUAUUUGUACCGAAUGGCAUCUUCUCUGACAAUUACCAGACCAGCGGCAACGCCCUAGACGCCCAUACGCACUCACUGAUACUAAGUCUACACCCUGCUACACCCGCUCAAAAGAUGAAGCAGCUUGUGCACGAGUUGCUGGCCGUCUUGCCGGCAUAUGCGCUGACGACGGAGGCGCUUACAGCUCUACGAAGAGACCGACGCGAAGCUUUCCAUAGAUCCAGCAGUGCUAGCAGCAACACCAGUGCAGGGAGCGACGACAGCAUUUUGAGCGACCGACAGCGAUCCACUGCAACCAGCGACGCCAACACCAGCACGUCACGUACACGUGGUAGAUCAAGCGCCACCUCCAGCGCGUUCGAUGCGACUGGCCGACCGAUUGCAGCGCCCCCACCACCUGUGCGUGUAGAGCUCCACGCCAUGUUCAAGGUGAAAGUGAUUGUCCUGAUGGAUCGCGAACGUUUUAACUCACUUGAGGCUGCGAAAACACAAGUGAAUCUCGCCAUCAUCGACACGAUCCAGCGACUUGGUGUUAAUGCGCAACAAACAACGCGCUGA